UGACACACAAUGGUUGCGCGGGCGCCGGCACGCGAACACACGACGCAAAAGUCAUUCCGUUAGUCGGCUACUGAGACGGCUUCACUUUCCAUCAAGCAUCUCGGUCAACGAAAAAAAUCGAAAUAUUACGAGUCUUAUCUUUGAACGCAUCGCAACUUGACGUUUGUUUCGGCGGGAAAAUUUUCAACAAAUAUGAAAGGAUUAAUAAUUCUUUUAACCCUGUGCUUGGUGUUUACAUCCUGUGAAAUGAAAAAGAAAAAAGUGAGGGAUUAUCCAACGGAGAAGCAGUUGACAUUGCAAAGAAAGGAAACGACGCCAGUGGACUUCACGAGGCUACUGGUGAUGAGAGUUGUGUAUGGUGUGGCGAAGAUGAUGGGCUUCCAAGAGCAAGUUGGUGACGUGUUGAACGGUGCUUUAGUUCCACCGGGUGCCGACGAUGAUGACGAUGAUGACGAUCUGUUUGGUGAUGACGACGAUGAAGGCGGUAUCUUUGGUGGUGAUGACGAUUACUAGUAAUUUGGAAAAGCAGUUUUUAUGCAUUUGAUUACUGUGGUUAUAGUCAACAAACAUUAAGUACUAUACUUAUAUUGACCGAGAUAUAGACCGUGAAUACUAUUUUGUUUUUUGUCAAACUUAAAACAUUAAAGUUAUUUGUUUCAAAAGUGCUAAUAUUGAUGCCCGGUCAAGCAAAAGAUUUGUAAGUAUAGCGAACUCCGAGCGUUGCGAGUGGUUAGAAAAGUGGAAUCUUGAUUGUGUGUUAAGUAAACGUAUAAUAACGUAUGAUGUGUUAAAUAAAAUAUACUAUAUCACUAGAAAAAAAAAUGAAACAUUGUCACCGAGUGAACACAACAUUGUUUACCACAACAACACAAAAAAAAUAUUAACUGUAAAACACGAAACUAAAUAAAAUUCAUCAAUUUAACAGACAUUCAUGAUUCCAAAUCUUCAUUAAAAUGUCAAUUGAAUUAACCAGCUUAGGACAUCAAGUAAAAUUUGCAUGAAAUUACUUUCGACUCUUGUGGAUAAAAUGAAGCGUUCUCAGCGGUUUUCGAAGUAUCAAGAAACCCUUUUCCGGUUGGUCUGGUGAAAACAUUGUUUAAAUAUAUAAUUGUAUAACAAAUAACUAUUUAUUUUACAGGAUUUUUUUUUUUUUUUGAAAACGUAGUAACUGUACCUACGUUUUACACACAAAAAUGAUUGCGUCUUUUUUAUAAUCAUUUACUUACAAUUACCUCAUAGUUAUAGUAUUUAUUUUUAUGAGGAAACCGAAUUAUUUUAACAGCGUAAUCCUCAUCAUAUUAGAAGAGUGAAAUAUCAUAUAAACUUUUCUUGAUUUGUGCCUAGAAUGUGCCUAUACAUAUUUCAUGAGUAUAAUAUAAAUAUAAUUUGAAUCUUCAUCAUAAUUAGAAUCAGGAUUUUGAAUCUUCAUCAUAAUUUGAAUCAGCAUUUUGAAUCUUCAUCAUAAUUGGU